CUAAUAUUUAUUUAUUGCUAGUUUUUCCAGUAGGGAUGGGACAAACGGCUAUUUUUGGUUCGUGUCUUGACUGAUACUCGAUAUUUUUUUCGCAGCUCUACCGGGCACGCACGCUGGAUUCUUUAGUUUUUCGAGAUUAACUUUUCGUUGUUUCCUGGAUAUAUUCGCUGUAGCCAAGAUGUUUCCGCAACGCAGCUCGGAGCUCUAUCAAGCGCCGGCCAGCCACAAUCCGCCACCGGCUCUAGAGCUGGCCACAAACCUAGAGUACCCGAAUCUCAACAUUGCUGAUCUGAAUGCCCGCCUUGAAAAUCUGUCGCCGCGACUGCACGACUGCUGGGACAGCAUCUCCAUCAACGACCACCAGCACUUGGCGCUGGCCACCAACCGACGCGACGGCCACCAAUGGUGGGGCAUGUUUUUUGGCUAUGGCCGCAGCCAGGCGAACCGCAUGACUGUGGACAGUGCGGACUUCAAGCUGCAAUCGGAGCACACGGUUAACAUUGUGCGUUACGCGGACAACAACGUGUUGCUGGUGGCGCUCGGCGAUACCCGCCUGCAGGCCUGGUCCACCUACUCGAAAGUCCGUAAUCCAGAGUCGCCCUACUGCCUGUUUCUCAUUGGCGAGUCCUGGGCGCAUCCCACGCCCAUUAGCCAGCUUAGUGUGUUUAAUGCCAACCCCUAUAAGGCCGUCUCAGCUUCAACGGAUGGCACACUUAAUGUUUGGGAUCUUUCCGGAGCUGACUUGGAGAGCUCCUAUCACUCGCGCUCCUCCCACACCGAUAAACUGACCGGCCUGGCCACACCUUCCGCCUCCUCUGACCUAUUUGUAACCUGCGAUCGUGGUGGUUGUGCCCGUCUCUGGGAUGCCCGGGCAGCGGCACCGUCUUCAACAUGCCUCUAUGAUGACGCCACGCAUUUGAUAAGUUUUACGUGUGCCGCCUUUGGGGCUUCCAAUUAUGUGUAUCUGGGUGACUAUGAUGGAAAAGUUCAUACACUUGAUAUCCGUGAACCUGGAAAGCUGGUUAGAUCUGCGGAAUAUUUUGACAACGGGCAUGUCGCCAAGCUUUUAAUAAAUGGCCCUCAUUUGGCAGCGAUGAGCAAUUUGCCAGCAUCAGUAAAGGUGGCCAAUUUGGAGAGGGAUGAACAUGAUAUUAUCUACAAGCACCAGGACACCCAUUCUAGACUCAUGGACGCCGUUUGGACCGAUGACAGGACGCUCGUCACCGUUGGAUAUGGGCGUAAGAUGGUGACGCAUUCCCUAAAGUAAUUCUACUGCCAAUUCUGGGAUUCUGUGAUCAGCAUAAUCAUUUGCUUGCAUUUGAAGCAUUUCCAUAGUGCGUUAUGUUUCAUCUUAGUUUUUACUUAGGCCGCGAGCUUGAACUGACCGAAUUAUGGCUUAUGUUUAUCUUUUUUUGUGAAAAUGUACAGUGAAACCUAUAUCUUGAAUGACAAUUACUGUAUUGGCACAACGAUAAUAUACAUGAUUACGUCCAAAAAGAAGAGUUUACAUGUAUGAAAUAGAUUAAAUGGGAAAUGUAAUGAUUGAUA